AUGGGCCUGACCGGGGUGGGCUUCACCCAAACCAACUUGGGUCUGGCGGGGUGCGGUAGGCUGUUUAGGUCACCACACGAGGACCAGCCUAGGGCCUGUGUGGCCGUUAAAGGGCUGGAGAACCAGCUAUUGUCAGAUUUCUGUUCCAGGGACUUGGUAGCAGUUGUGAUAGAGGACGCCAGCGGGACCGAGAUUAAGACAAAGAUGGUAGUGGCGUCGGGCUACUUCCCACACGAAGAGGACGAUCCGCUGCCAUCAGACCGGGUUGUACGACUGAUGAAGUUCUGCCAAAAGGAGCAAUUUCCCCUGAUAUUGGGGUGCGAUGCGAACGCGCACCACACGGUGUGGGGAAGCACGGACACCAACAGGAGAGGCGAAAAGCUGUUAAAAUUUCUGGUGUCCACAGACCUAGAAAUUCUCAACAGAGGCAGGGAGCCUACCUUUAUCACGGCGGUGAGAAAGGAGGUUCUGGACCUAACUAUCUGUUCAAGACAGGUAGUGCAGGAGGUGACCGGCUGGAGGGUCUCUGACGAGCUCUCGUUGUCGGAUCACAGACAGAUCACCUUCAGGCUGGCUAAAGUGCAAGCGAAGGUAAGAUCAGUGAGGGAUCCGAGGAAGACGGACUGGGACUCAUUUCGAGAGGACCUGGCUGUCGGUCUUAGGGAGUUUCCCAAAAGACAUGGGACCCCGCAAGAGAUCGAACUGUGCGUCGAGCACCUGCAAAGGGCUCUCGUCGGGAGCUUUCAGGACAACUGUCCAGAAAGGACAGAGCUCAGGAGUGCUGCACGUCGUGCCUGGAACAGGGCCAGGAACAAGGGCCGCCAGGCUGACUGGGACCUUCACCGAAGGACUCAGAAGGCCUAUAGAGACUCUGUGAUAAUGGCUAAAAAGGAGAGCUGGAGGAGAUUCUGCGAGUCGGUGGAGAGGAUACCUGAAGCCGCUAGGCUCGGCAGAAUCUUAGCCAGAGAUCGGGACGCGGCUCUGGAGGCCAUUCGGCUCGACGAUGGGACGAUAGCGUCUGGAGAACGAUGCCUAAACCACCUGCUGGAGUCGAACUUUCCGGGCUUCCGCGGAGGGUACGAGGAAAAGACUGGUCUCUUGCGACAAAAAUCGUUGGGCCUGACAAGGUCAAAUAGGCCAGCUUGGAGGCAGGCGAGAGUUGUGUUCAUUCCCAAAGCGGGAAGAACGGGCUACAGCUCCGCCAAGGAUUUUCGUCCAAUCAGCCUGACGUCUUUUCUUCUCAAGACGCUGGAAAGGCUGGUGGAUGUCUACAUACGCGACGUGGUUCUACUGCAGCACCAGCUGCACGUGAAUCAGCACGCGUAUCGCACGGGACAUUCCACAGAAUCGGCGCUUCACUCCGCUGUAUCGUUUAUCGAGGAGCAAUUGGAGAGGAAGGGUUUCGUAGUUGGCACCUUUCUAGACAUAGAAGGGGCUUUCAACAACACACCGCACGAGGUGGUGUGUGAGGAAGCGACUCGCAGGGGCGUGCCGGAAAGAACCGUGGAUUGGAUCAGAGGCAUGCUCGGGCGGCAGGUAACGGCCUCAUUGGGAACAGUGAAGGUUAGUGGAUGGGUGAAGAGAGGCUGCCCGCAAGGGGGAGUUCUUUCUCCACUAUUGUGGUGUCUGGUGGCGGACAGACUGCUCAGGACGCUGAACGAAAGGAGCUUUUUUACAUUAGGAUAUGCGGAUGAUCUGGCUAUCCUGAUACGAGGACCCUUUUUAGAGACGCUUCUGGAACUCACGCAGAGAGCCUUAGAGGCGAUUGAGGAGUGGUUUAGCGAGACUGGUCUGGCAGUGAAUCCACUAAAGACCGGGCUCGUAAUCUUCACUCGCAAGUACAAGACUUGGGGUCUCAAACCAAAAAUGGUCCACUGGAUAUACACAGCAAUACUCAGACGUAGGCUGCUUUACGCGUCUGUCGUAUGGUGGCCAAAGGUGCUGGGAAAGACCGCUAAGUUAACGUUGGAGCACGUCAGAGCUCUAGUUUUAAGAGGGGCUCUGGGGGCCAUGCGGACCACGCCGGUGGCGGCGAUGGGGAUGGUCAAGCGAUUUAAGGCGCUUGAGGAUCCAAAAAUUAACUUGCGACUGGUCUGGGACUGCAAGUGCGUACUGGAUAAGUUGGCGGAGAAGAAUGAUGUUGGCCUAGUAUGGGUCCCUGGGCACGCGGGGAUCAAGGGCAACGAAAUGGCGGACCUGCUUGCUAAGGAGGCGGCUGAAACAAGGCUGGACCUGGCCAAGAGCAUAAGAUCUCUAGGUAGGAAGGACGCCAGGCUCGCGACACAACUGCUCAUGGGCCAUGGCGACCUCAACUACCACCUGCACAAAUUGGGUCGUAGCGAUACGCCCAGCUGUAGGUUGUGCGGUGAAGAGAAGGAAACUAGCCUCCACAUUUUUGGAAACUGCCCAGCAUUGGUCGGACCAAAAACACGCCUGCUGGGCUCAGGUUUUCUGGAACCGAACCAGUUCCCGUGGGACGACGACGAUCCUAGAGACGAUCCUGAGACGACGGCGGCACCUGAAACAAAAAGAAACAUACGAUUAAUAAUAAGUCGAAAAAACGUGUGUUGUGAGAAUCCGAGUGGAGGUGAUCCGAUUGGUGGUAGCAGUCUUUCCGACGGAUGCAACAGCGACGAACUUCCAGCGUUCCUGAGCAAAGCGGCGAUCCUGGAAGGCGAUCCCUUGCCUCUUGGAGGGUACAAAGAGGCUGGCGACUGUGUCAACCUGCGAAAAAAAGAUUCUGCCACGAACUGUACCCAUCUUCUCCGAGCGAAAACGAGAGCUGAAAUGAGCCCAUUGGCUGGAUCCCGAGUGGAGGGGAGCGCAGCCAAGCCGAACUUCUGGGAUUGGCCAGACGAUCCAUCCGGCAGCGGCGAGCAGUGGGGCGAGCUGCUAUUGGACCAAGAACAUGGAGAAGACACCGUAGCUCUCUGA